CGGGCAGGUGUUGAGGGCAGCCUUGUGCGGAAGGAGGCAGAUGUCCCGCUAUACCCCACCCCCAGCACGUUACGGGGGUCGUCACACGGUGACUCUCAUCCCAGGAGACGGUAUCGGACCUGAGCUACUCAGCCAUGUUAGAGAACUGUUCAGGUUCUGCUGUGUACCUGUGGAUUUUGAGGUGGUGAAUGUGGAUUCUACUAUGACAUCAGAGGAUGAUAUCAACGACGCCAUUACAGCCAUCAGACGCAACGGAGUGGCCCUCAAAGGCAACAUUGAGACCAACCACAACCUGCCUCCCUCCUUUAUAUCCAGAAAUAACCUGCUACGUACCAGUCUGGACCUGUAUGCCAACGUGAUGCACUGCCAGUCUCUGCCAGGCGUUCGGACUCGUCACAGGAACAUCGACAUCAUCAUCAUCAGAGAAAACACUGAGGGAGAAUACAGCAGUCUGGAGCACGAGAGUGUGUCUGGGGUGGUGGAGUGUCUGAAGAUCAUCACGAGGACCAACUCUCUGAGGAUUGCUGACUAUGCUUUCAGACUGGCCAGGGAGAGAGGUCGUCGUAGGGUCACCGCUGUCCACAAGGCCAACAUCAUGAAGCUAGGUGAUGGUCUGUUCCUACAGUGUUGUAAGGAGGUUGCGGCGGGUUAUCAAGACAUCGCCUUCGAUGCCAUGAUUGUGGACAACACCACCAUGCAGCUGGUGUCAAAGCCGCAGCAGUUUGACGUGAUGGUGAUGCCUAAUCUCUAUGGUAAUGUGGUGAGCAACGUGUGUGCUGGUCUGGUGGGGGGGCCGGGACUCGUUCCAGGAGCCAACUACGGGACGGACUACGCUGUGUUCGAGUGUGGCACCAGGAACACAGGGAAGAGCAUAGCAAAUGGUAACAUAGCCAACCCUACAGCCAUGUUACUCGCUUCCUGUCUGCUUCUGGACCAUCUGAGGCUACAUGCAUACGCCACCAUGAUACGACGGGCUGUCAUCGCUACUGUUACUGAGACACGGCUCCAUACAGCUGAUUUGGGAGGUCAGGGGUCAACCUCUGAUGUGGUCCAUUCCAUCAUGAAGGAGAUACAGAGCACUGGACCCCUAACACAGAACAUCUAAAUAUUUAUUUCACUUAUGACUGUAGCCUACCCUAUAAUUAUGACCCUAUGACCCUAUAAUUAUGACCCUAUGACCCUAUAAUUAUGACCCUAUAAUUAUGACCCUAUGACCCUAUAAUUAUGACCCUAUAAUUAUGACCCUAUGACCCUAUAAUUAUGACCCUAUAAUUAU